GCCUUCAUCUCGUGCGGAGUUUGUGCGGUGAGACUGAGCUGGGGCCCAGGGCCAAGGAGGUCCUGAAGGAGAACGAGUUCCAAAUCGUCGUCAACGGGAACCCUGGAUCUCGCAAGAAGGUCGAGCAGGGCGAUUUCUGCCUCCGCGUUAACCCGGCCGGCGUCGAUCUCAACCGGAAUUGGGAUGAGAAGUGGCAGGCGGGCGCUGUGCUUAACGCCAAGGACACGAAUCCGGGGCCAAGGCCAUUCAGUGAGCCUGAGACCAGGACCUUCAAGAAGCUGGUAGAGGACUUCCGGCCCACGACAUUCCUGACGAUACACAGCGGGACCAAAGGCAUGUACAUGCCCUGGGCGUACGACAUGGAACAUCUUGCUGGUCGGAACCAGCGGGAGAUGAUGGAGAUUUUGAAGGCCCUCGACAAGAACCAUUGCGAGUGCCCGUUCGGAGCAGCUGGCAGAGAGGUCGGGUACUCCUGCCCUGGCACGUGCCUGGACUGGGUAUACGACAGGCUGCAGACUCCGUACGCGUUUGCCUUCGAGAUCUAUGCAGCGCGGGCCGAAGACACGGUGGCGGACACCAACCCGAUCCUCUCGGACAUGCUGAAGGAGCGCUGGCAGGAGAAGAUGCGGUCGGGGGCAGCUUCCUUCUUCCAGCUUCACGACAAUCUGGGCCACGAGCACUUCAGGGAUCUCUUCCGAGACUUCCCGUCCUCUUUCGUACAAUUGAACAGCACCCGCUCGUCGCACGACCACGGCAUGGACGACGCAGAUUGCUUCGCGCAGUUCAACCCUAGCUCGAAGGAGGAGUACGAGAGCGUCAUCGUCAACUGGUCGGCUGCCUACUUGGACAUGGCGGACAUGAUCGCCAAGCGUCUAUCGGUGAGCGACCCUGGCUUCCGCAAUUCUUCCGCCACUGUCCCUGCCGACAGCUUCCUCUCCAGCGCCUAUGAAUUGAAGGAGUGGCGGAAGGAGGAGACGGCGGCGCAUGAGUGGGAACAGGAGUGGGAGACGGAGGAGCAGGAGGAGGCAUAG